GGGUAUAAAACCUCCGAGCACAGCUUCUCAGGGCACUCACACGGUAUUGGUCACAUUGCUGAUUGCGUGGCCGAACACGGAAGUGAAGCGUGAAGUGUACUCUGUGAUGUAAUGUGAACAAAAUGAUUGGAGAUCUGUUGAUAUUCGGGACCUUACUGGUGAAUGCAGGGGCUGUGCUGAAUUUCAAGCUCAAAAGGAAGGAGUCCCAAGGAUUUGGAGAUGAGUCCAGAGCACCGACAACAGGUGACAACAUCAGAGAGUUUCUGCUCAGCCUGCGAUACUUUCGGGUCUUCAUCGCUCUAUGGAACAUCUUCAUCAUGUUCUGCAUGAUUGUAUUGUUUGGAUCAUGAUCAACAUUUGGGGCGACUGGACUUCCACCAGGAUGCUGAUUUCCCAAGAUGGACGCUAUAAACUUCUCCUUAAUAGGACUUUGCUGUUCUUUUGGCCCUUUAUAACUGUAAUUAUGCUCCAUUUUCUUUAUGCCUCCAAAUCCUAAAUCUACAUCUGGCUGUACAGGAAUUUAUGAAUCGCUGUAUUUAUUUUGUCUUAUAGAAGUUGUUACAUUUUCACCCUUUUUGUUUAGGCUGUAACUGCACCAGCACCCCUGCCUUUGCUGUUUAUGUGUUGUCUUGUGCCCUUGUGCUUCAUUAUAGAACAUGAGCUGUUUCUCCAGCAUGUCAGUUUGCUUAUUAAAGAAACACCAGGGUUGAAAAUGAGAGACAGUCCCCACAGGAUACAGGAUACACAAUGUUUUUCUGUGGCUUGUUACCUGUGUGCCAUCAUUUAAGGUUCCUGCUCUGCCCUAAAACCUCACAUACAGCUACAGUAAUUAAAGCUGGUGGUGAACCUUGCUUAAAUGUCAUUUUAUCCCUUUUACUUGCACAGCUGUUUGAGUUCAGCUGGAUUCAGCAAACAAGUCACUUAAUGAACUCCACAUCUCCUCUGAUAGUGAUAAACGGCACAAAAAUCUCUAUAUUUACUCAUCAGCUGUUAUGCUCUUGUGUGUAUCAAGACAUAAUAUUUUAAUGCAGCCUCUCAGAUUUAAAAAGAAAAAAGGCAUUUUCUUUAUUCUGGAGCACAUGUGCUGUAAAUAAAUGUAUAUGCACUAUAAUGUAAAGGUGUCCUUAUUCUUAACAAUAAAAAUACAGUUUUCUUA